AUGGAUGCUCUUCUGGUCUUUGGGCUCGGGGGCGGAGAAAGCAUUCGAGUCGCUGCGCUCUGGCUCCGCCCGGGCCCCGUUCCCGGUUCAAAACCGGGGCCGACCCCUUCCUCUCUGGGUUGUGGGCUGAGCGCGGGGCAGAGAGACCGAGUCGCCUCUGAGCUCCCUGUUUGGUUCGACAGCCAAAGGAGGAACAUGGCGCUCGUGGACAACCGGGCAGAGCUAGAAGCGGACGAGGACAUCUUUGAAGAUGCCUUAGACACCAUCUCUAUAUCUCGAUCAACCAUGGCCACAAGCAGUCAUCAUUGUGCAUCAUUUGAUACAAAAAAGGCAUCUGGACAGCAUGGAACAUCUAAUGUGAGCAGGUCACCAUUAAGCAAGAUGGAUCUCAAGUCUGGACUAGAAGAAUGUGCAGUGGCAUUGAACUUAUUUCUAAAUAACAGAUUCACAGAUGCCUUAGAAUUGCUCCGACCUUGUGCUAAAGAAAGCAUGUAUCAUGCCUUAGGCUACAGCACCAUUGUGGUGUUGCAGGCUGUCAUGACCUUUGAGCAACAGGAUAUCCAGAAUGGCAUAUCUGCUAUGAGAGACGCCUUACAAACCUGCCAAAGAUAUAGGAAAAAAUGCACAGUUGUAGAAACUUUCUCAAGUAUUCUUUCUAGAGGAUCAUUAGAACAGCUAACUGAAGAGGAAAUGCAUGCUGAAAUCUGUUAUGCCGAGUGUCUCCUACAGAAAGCCGCACUCACAUUUGUGCAGGAUGAAAAUAUGAUCAACUUCAUUAAAGGUGGACUCAAAAUUAGAACAAGUUACCAAAUAUAUAAAGAAUGUCUUUCUAUCCUGCAUGUGAUCAAGAAAAGCAAAGCUGAACAGCAGUUCUUCUAUGAAUUUGAAGGGGGUGUUAAGCUUGGGAAUGGGGCCUUUAAUUUAAUGCUGUCCCUUUUACCAGCACGGAUUAUUAGACUACUAGAAUUUAUAGGAUUUUCUGGAAAUCGGGACCUAGGUCUCCUGCAGUUAAGGGAAGGUGCAUCUGGAAUAAGCAUGAGGUCUCCACUGUGCUGCUUGACUAUUCUAGCUUUUCAUACUUAUAUCUCCCUAAUACUUGGUACAGGAGAAGUGAAUGUUGUGGAAGCAGAGAGUCUCCUUGCACCCUUCCUCCAGCAAUUUCCAAAUGGCUCACUCAUGUUGUUUUAUCAUGCUCGAAUACAGCUGCUAAAAGGAAACGUAGAAGAGGCACAAGAGACAUUUCGAAAAUGCAUUUCAGUUCAAGAAGAAUGGAAACAGUUUCACCAUCUCUGCUACUGGGAGUUGAUGUGGAUUCACCUAUUUCAACAAAAUUGGAUGCAGGCGUAUCACUAUUCAGAUCUGCUUUGCAAAGAGAGUAAAUGGUCCAAGGCAACAUAUGUAUUUUUGAAAGCUGCAAUUUUGAGUAUGCUUCCAGAGGAGGAUGUACUAGCAACAAAAGAGAAUGUGGUAGCUUUAUUCAGACAGGUGGAUGGCUUGAAGCAGAGAAUUGCUGGGAAAUCCAUCCCUACUGAGAAAUUUGCUGUGAGGAAGUCUCGACGUUACUCCACUUCUUUUCCUGCACCUGUGAAGCUAGUCUUGCCUGCCCUGGAAAUGAUGUACAUCUGGAAUGGCUUUCCAAUAGUGGGCAAAAGAAAAGACCUUUCAGAAAGUCUGUUGGUCACUGUUGAAAAGGCUGAGGCAGCUUUACAAAAUGAAAACCUCAGCGAUUACUCUGUGGAUGAUGAGUGCUUAGUGAAGCUACUGAAAGGAUGCUGCCUGAAGAAUUUACAACGGCCCCUGCAAGCAGAAUUGUGUUUCAAUCAUGUUGUGCAAAGUGAAAAGCUACUGAAGUAUGAUCACUACCUAGUGCCAUUUACCCUGUUUGAAUUGGCAUUUUUAUACAAAAGCCAAGGGGAAGUAGACAAGGCUGUAAAAGUUCUAGAAACUGCAAGAAACAACUACAAAGAUUACUCCAUGGAGUCCAGACUACACUUCAGAAUUCAGGCAGCUCUUCACCUCUGGAAAAAGCCUUCCUCAGAUUGAUCAGAAUAUGAAGGGUGGAAUUUUCCCUCAAUUAGUGUUGGCAUCUGCUAUAGAUUAGACCUUGUAUUAAAGUGGAAAAGUAAUCUUGUGAAUGAGAGACAAAAAUCCAAUUUUAUUGUUAAUAUUUUCUAUCAUGUGUGUGGUAACUGUUGGUCUACAUGAAUGGUUUUCUUUCCUCUAUGGAGUGAAAUAGAGAUAAUUUUUACAUUUGCCUCUCCAAAAAGAUUUAAUAAUUAGAUUUUUGUUGGAGAGUGAAAAAAUCUCUUUUAAAGUACUCACAGGUACAAUAAAGGUUAAUUAUUUAUUUUUUUAAUGUGGAAAUUAAUAUAAUUUAAGUAGCAAAUGGCUUGCAAGUUGAGCUAUUUUUAGAUUUGUUGGUCAGAUAUUUUGUUGUAUAGUAUUUAAAUUUCAGGAGCAAAUAAAAAUCGCCUACAUUCAAAAACAGCUUAAUAAUAAUCUUAUGAUGCCUCCCCCCCCCCAAAGAAGCCAGUGGGUAUAAACAUAGACAGGAAAAUGUACUUCAUAGGUUAGAGACCUGUGUCUAGAAAAGAGGAUGAUUUGUUGUGUUGUUUUUAUUCUUCAUGUAAGUUAAAAAUUGUAACACUUUUGAGUAACUAUGCUAUUUUUGAAUGUACUUAAGUCUAAUGUAGUUAUGAAAAUUUUCAGUUUCUGUAUACUUAAAGGAAAGAAAAAGUCAUAUUUUAGACAUUAUCCACAACCUUUGCAAGAGAACAUGAAAUAUAUGCAUUGAUUAUUUUUCUUAUAGGAAACCAAGUAGUUCCUGCUGCAUCAAGCGACAUAUAAAAUAUCAAUUAAUACUUUUGUACCCUCGUGAUAUUAAUUAGAUCUAAUUUUAUAAUCUCUCUAGCACUGUGACAGUUCCUUGUAAAUAUCUGGACUGUGCUUGGUCCUUUAGUUAGGAAACUCAAUCAGGUCAUGAGCAGAAGAAAGCCUGACUGUGGUUUUGGCUGUGGUGCUGGCUGGCAGUCAGUGAGUGGGCUGCCCUUCAAGGAGUCCAUUGCUCUUGGCGUCACCAUGUUUUCCUCAUCUGUGAGAUGGAAAAAGGACAGAUGAGUUUCAAGGUUUCUUUUUUCUGUAAGUCUAUUUUAGAAUUUAUUUUCAUCAACCAAGGUUAAAAUGUUUAAUUCAAACCACUCCUAGUUAGAAUGUGUUUUAAUGUGUCAUCACUACUAUUUCCUCCCCCUAAUAUGAAUGAAUGGGUUAUGGCUAAAGAUAACAUUUCAUCCAGAGAAAGAAAAGACAGUUGAAGGACUGAUGAAUCAGGACUCUUCUCCUAGUUCUGUUUUGACAAAGAAUAGCUUGUCAUGGAAGUCCUUACAGCUUGACAGCUCCAGGUUAACAAUUUCCUAUCUCUGUUAGUUAUAAUUCCUCAACAUGGAACAAGUCAUUCAUGUUUUCUGAGACUCAGUUUCCUGAAUGGAGCUAGCAACUGAUUCUUAGUACUUCUGCAUGCUUAAUUAGACAGUGCAUAUCAUUACUUUUUUUGUGAACUUUCAAAAACUGAAUAUGAGUUGUAAUUAUGGUUUUUAUGCACUGUUUAUGGUACCCACACAAAAGUACUGGCCGAGUCUAUGCUCUCUGAUACAAAAAAGAAAAGCUUGGAAAUUUGGAUACCUUUGAAUUAAUGUGUUAGGCACUGUCAGUAGCCACAUUUUGGAUUUUUUUCCUUAGUGUUUAUUUCUUGCUACAAAAGCCUAUAACCAGCAGGUAUUUCUUUCUUUUUUUUUAAAUGAUUUUUGACCUACACUGAGAAUGUAUUAUUAAACUUGAGUCAGAAUAAUUCCCUCCUCAGAGAUAGUAUAGUUAAUAUAUGAAUCAAGUAACAGUAGGUCCAAACAAAAGAGCUAACUCUCAUUGCAAUUAUUAGUGGGAAACAUGUCUAUAUUACUUGCAAAAAGUUUAUAAAUUCCUUAAGUGAAAUUGGGAUACCAUUAUUUUGUGAAGUAUAAAUACCCAUAUUGGUUUUGUGAGAAACUACAAGUCAGACUGAAAAGUCAGUAAAAAGUUAUCUUUCAGCUAUAAAAUGCAAUAAUUGAGUCUAAUUGUUAUUUCAUUUUAACUUUAUACUAUCAAACAAAUAUAGAGAAAUUUUUAUCUGUUGUUAUUUUUCCUUUAUUUUUUUAUUACUAUUGCUUCCUAGUGCUUUUAUAGUUAGAUACCUAGUAGUAUGGAUAAUUUAUUAAAUAGAUUUUUAAGCACAGGAAUAUUUUCACUACAGACAUUAACCAUCACUUGCUACAUGGGAGGUGCCCUGGUGGCAUCAGUUUCUCUUCACCAGCUAAUACUGUGUUUAUGGAGUUAUUUUGUGAUUCAUAGUUUGUAAUGAAUUAGUGCUGAAGUGACAUUGUUUUACUUAUUGUUUUGAAGAUCAUAUGUGAUGGAGUAUGGUUGUCAUGAUGUCUUUCAUUUUUGUGCAAUUUCUCCAAUUCCUAGUAUAGUUGUAGUUUUUCAAAUGUAGCCAGAGUCCUGAUUGGCUCUGCAGACAUUUAAGACUCAAGUAGAAGUUAUGCUUUUGUUGGAUGGGUGACAAGGAAGUCAUGGUUUCCCACUUGAUAGACUACAUUAGUUCUUAUGUGAUCAUAUAUUUAAUGUUUGCUAAGCUUCUCCUAUAUACAAAAAGGACCCAUGUCAGAUAGAAAAUGGAAGCUCAUUACUACUGUCUCUUCAUAGGACAGAAGAUGAGAUACAUUGGUUGAAGCUAUAAAGAGGUUCAUUCCAGAUUAGUCAGCUUCAAGGAAGAUUUUUUUUUCCCCCAAAAGUCACUGAAAUAAUGUAACCAUACAAUCAUCUUUUUUGAAAAGAAGUGUGUUUAGCACAAUAAUGCCAUUCCUCCCGGGUCUGGAAAUUUGGUUUAGGCAAACUUUCAGGUUAUUUUAUGAUUUUGUAAUUAGGGUUUCAAAUCAGUAGGAUGUGUACAAAUAAUUAAUCUCUCCCCCCAAAGAAAAUAAUUUCCUCUCUUUCUCUCUUUUUUUUUUUUUGCCUCCAGAGUUAAUACUGGGGCUCAGUACCUGCACUAUGAAUCUACUACUCCUGGAGGCUAUUUUUUUUCCCUUUUGUUGCCCUUGUUGAAGAAUUUUCUCUUUUGAAGCUCUUUUUAGAGGUAGGUACACUGUGAUGCAUUAAUAGUCCUUGCAAUAGUACUCAUAAGUAUUCUCAUCUAAAGUGUGCCUGUUGAUCUUCAUAAAUAGGAAUUUUUCUUCUUUGAACAUUAAAACAUUUUCCAAAUUUCUAUAAUUUCUUUAAUUCCUUACUGAUUGUUUUCCAUAUUUCUGCUUUUUUUCUAGUUACAUUUACUAUAUUUAUAAAUAAUUCAAACAUUUUUCUGCACAGAACAAGAGAAUGAAGUCAGGAAUGAACCUCCUCCAGUCUCAAGUUAUUUUUUGUUUUUUAUUAUAAUAGAGAGAAGGAAAAGGGAGGGAGAGACAUCAAAACACUGCUUUGCCAACAUCCAUGGAGCUCCCCUUGAUGCUGUCCAUGACGUUCUCAAGUGGUGCAGGACCUGACACAAGAUAAAGCAUGCACUCUACCCACUGAAUCCCCUUCUAGACCCCUCAAGCAGUUUUAAAAAUGUUUUUUUUUUAUAAAAAAAAAAAAAGGUACAAAAAAACUCCAGGGAUCAUUCCAAGUUCUUAAAAAUUUGUGAGUUACAGGACCUGAAAUGGAUCUGGAGGAAUCAUCUUGACCUUCCUACACUCUAUAAACAGUCAAUGUUGUCUCUCUUUCACUUCUUCUCUAUCUGGUAUGGUAGUUACUAUCUACAUGUAGUAACUGAGCACUUGAAUCACAGCUAGUGACAUGUUAGAAUGAUGCUGAGGGAACAUUCAUGCAGAAAUUUUUGUUGCAUUUCUUUUUAAAGACCUCUUGACAGUGUGCUUCUUGGGAUUCCUGCUUUUGCUUACAUCUUACUAUGAUCAUCCAAUCUGAAUUUUGUUUUUACUAUUUUACUUUAUAUAAUAUUCACCUUAUCAUGUUUAUUCUGCAAAUGAUGAUGGUGAUUGAACAUUAUCCAUUCCCUUCCCCCCCCACACCAAGAUCUCCUGGUAUUUUAGUUUGAGAAACCUUAUUUAAUGCUAUUAACUUAGAUUGAAUUUUAUACACAUUCCUUGCAGUUUUAGAUGCAGCAUUAAAUUCUUAAAGCCUUAGAAGUGUUACUGUCACUUUUGCGAUAUUACUAGAUUUUAUGGUUAAAAUAAUGUUUUCAAAAAUAAAUAUUAUUCCUAAAAAUGUAGUGACCUUUUCAAUUCCUUUAUAUUAGUAACACUAUUGAUAUGUUUCAACAUUGACUUAGCCAACAGAUAUUACUGUCUAUAGGCUUUCAAGUAUUGAUUAUCCAUUUAGAGAAUUAUUUGACAGGUGAUUUAAAAUUAUACCAUGCCUCUUGAUGCCUAUUGCUAAUAUUUAAGCAUGCAUGGUACUUAAGUGAUAUGCAUCAAAUAAAAUAACAUAUUUUAGUCUUUAUAGCCAUUUUUAGCAGGUGGAAAACAACUUACAAAUUUCAGUGCUUAAUAUUUUUCUUUCAGAAAGAGUGUAGAAUAUUUUUCCUGAUUGUUACUCCUUCCCCAAUUAUUUACAUUUUUUUUCCUUUAUGUGUUAGAUUGCUUGUUGCAAAACCACAUUGUUCUUUUUAUUGUGAGUUUUCCCUUUUCUACAUUUGCUGAUAGAUUCAUUACUUCAGAAUGUUGAACGUGAAAUUUAACGAAAACUACACAUCAAAGCUUAUCUUGAGGGGAAAAAUGUUUUCUGUGUUGAACUAUAACUCUUUGAUCCUGACAGUGUUGAAGUUCAUUCCAGUCCUUCUGUGACUGUGCAGCUACAAAAAGAAAUGAUGUGAGGACCAACUUGCUGACAGAGAAGGCUGAGCAGGUUCUUGGCCUGAAUCAUCCUGAAGGGAUAAUGGAACUCUAACUUCAAGGAAGUUCAGUUCCCAUUCUGUUCAGUUACUGUGUGUGUUAACACAGUAAUGUUGUCAAAUGAAUUUGCAUGAGAAAAAUCAAAGUACCCCCCCUCACUUUAUGUAUUUUGUCUCCUUAUUCGUUUUAAGUAGCACCAUUUCUGGCUUUUGGUGAUACAGAGAUUGAACCUAGCACCUCAGAGCCUCAGGCAUGAAAGUUGUUUUACAUAAUCAUUACAUAAUCCCCAGCCCUCUCUUCACUGUUAAAUUAAUUUUAAAAAAGGGCAGGGGCACACACUUACCUACAGAUUGGGUAUUUAAUAGGGAAGUGCAAGGCAUGUUAGUAUUUGAAUUAGGUACAUUAGGUUUAACUUAUUACAUAUGAAUAUAAAAUACACCUCACAUGUCAAUCCACUAGUUGUUAGAUACACAGAAUUUAAGUGAUGAAUGUAGGGAUGUUGGCAUAUCCCAAAGCAACAUUUAAUUUUUUUUUACUUAAAAUUUCCUGUAUGGUUUUGAAUUUGUAGUGUUUUGUGUCACUUAUGGGGAAAAUUGGUCUUGUAACAACUGAAUGCUAGAGAAAGUGGAUAUGAUGAACACUAAAGAACAUUGUUUAUCAUCUCAGCUUUAAAAGAAUUAAAUUAUUUUUGAAGUGCUAGAAGGUCUUCAUUUGAAGAGACUACAAUUCUGCUUUGUAAACCAUACAGACAUUUUAGUUCUUAUUUUUAUUGGAAUCAAAUGAAAAUGUGGCAGUUUAGGUACAGUAACUGAGUUUAAACAAUUUUGAUGAACUAUUGUACUGUUUUUUUCUGAAGUAAUUUUACUCUUUAUAGUGGAUAACUGCUUUCUAUACAGUGACUUGUUAUUUUAUUUAAAAUUAAAUUUGCAUGAAAAGAGAUUAUGGCUACAAUUAUAAAGCUCAGGCUAUUGAUUUCAUGGCUCAAGAAAACCAAUGAGUUCUGUUUAACUCAGAUUUUCAAAAGAAGAAUACAUGUGUUUCACAAAUAUGUUCUGUCUAUGUAUAUUACUAAAUUCUCAACAGUAUGUUGCCUUUUAUGUUGUGUUAGGAGCAGUUUUAUAACUAAAUAGUUUAUUAUUUAUUAUUUUUCCUUUUGUUAACUGUUGACAUCAAAACACCUGAAUAAAUUCCAGCUACUCAUUUAUAUUCUAGUAUUUUAAAAUAUUUAUUUGCAGAUUUUCAUAGAUUUCUUGCAUUUUAUGCAAGUUGCUAAAUUAUAUAUAAAGAUAUAUAUUUAAUAUGUGAAAAGUAUUCUUUUAUUACUGAAAUUUAUUUCCAAAGCAAAUUUAUUUUUUAGGCAUUUCACUUGGGUAGUUUUGUUUUGCCUUAAAACACAUGAGCAAAGCUGUCUUAAGACCUGGUCACUUAAAAAUCUUUAAUUUUGCCUUGACAUUUAGGAGGAUUUUUUUUUCAGUCUUUGACAAUGUGUAUUGUUAUUUGGAAUAAACAAGACCUUGGAGGCCAUAGUGUUUUCAUAAGUCAACGCUUGAGUUCUUGUUGAAUUAUCAAAGCUACCUUUGUGCAUUUUAUAACCCAAUGUUUUAUUAGUAAAAAUUGUCAGAUUUUCUCACUUUGCAUUACAUUUGAAUUUAGCCUUCUAUUUCUCAUUCCCCAUGGUCACUGUUUUUCAGAACUAACAAUUUUAGAAAUUGAAGAUGUGUGAGUUUUGUGUAAGAUGAAUGUUAGUUACAUCCAUCUGUUGAUAAAGUAGGCAUUGAAUCUGGUGCCAGAAAAUCAAGUAGAUUGUAGCCUAAAUCUGAUUUAACAAUGUUAGUCAGGAAGAAUAAAGAAAACUGUGAACUUCUGAUAUCUUGAAUAUAAAGAAAAAAUGUGUUCCCAAUGAGUAUCCGCUUGCUUGAUUUUGUGUUAAAGUUGUCUAUAAUUUUUAAGCUAAUGUUGAUAUGAGAUAUAAAAUUUCAACAGGCAAUUUAUGUAACCUAUUUUUAACACUGAGACAUUUUUGAGAACAGAUGUCAUCUUAGAAAUUGUAUUUUUAAGUGCAAAUAAAUCAUUCCAGCUUGAAAGUCA